ACGUAUUUAGAGCUUACACCUAGCUGAUUUGUUAUAAUAUAUAUUGUAAAUUUGAUAUAUCAACACCAUUAAUAAUGUGAUGGUGUUUGAGUGAUAACACGCUUUCGCCGGCAUGAAAAACAGGAUGUUUUUCACUUACAAUGGCAAAAACAAUGACUUAUGUCAUCUGUAUUGUAUAUUUCAUGGGUCAUUUAUCAACCAAAUGCUCGAAUUAGAACAUGUGUAACCACCAAACUAUGGAUGAGGAUUCUUCGCUUACCAAAAACGAAGCAUAGUUUAGCGGUAAAGACAUGGAUCCCGAUGUCGACAAUGUAUAUAAUAUAGUGUAUCGGGAUAAUGGUAUAUACCAUAAUGAAGGAAAUGGGCUGUGGCAUAAAUGCACAUUUUGUAUAAUUGGCUUUGAAGACGAAAUACCAAGCGGGAAGGAGCUCAUAAAAUGCUUAAUAUCGGCUCUAAUUGUCCGCGGAGCAAGUGUUGUUAAACUAACAAAUGACGAAGUGGGAUAUAAAACAUUGCCUAAGAUAGAUUACUAUAUUUGCAACUACUCCCUAGGGUAUAACGCAUUGACUCAGGAAAUUCCAGCAUCUCAACUGGUUACCCCUAUAUGGUUGUAUGCGUGUCAUAGGGAUUCGGAAAUUUAUGAUACAUCGUUACUACCUAUAUUCACACCCGUGGGACUGUUUUGCCCGUUAAUGUUUUCCAACGAGAAUAUUACCAUACAUGUGGUGAACGGUAUUUCAUCCAAACGCCUUAGAGAUAGCACAGAUAUCAUCUGGAGGUUCGCCAGGCAUUGUGGUUUCAAAAUAGCAGGGCUUGGAGAAACAAAUAUAGAACAAUCGCAAAAUGAUACAACUUAUUUAGUUUUCGGAAUCAUGCCGCAAAACAACGAGUAUAUUCCACCUUUGUCGUAUAUCAGCAACUAUAAACAUAGGUGUAUUUCCAUACAGUGGCUAAUGGACUGCUACUUGAGCGGGGAAAUAAAAGAUGUAACGAAAUACUUGAUCAACGUCGACCUUCAUAUGAAUGUUUUAGAUGUCCCGUGGAAUAAAAUACAAACACCUAUAGACGCCACAAUAGCGCAUUGUGUCAAAGAGGGACGGAUCAUAUGUCUAUCGUACGCAGCAGCGAUAGAGGCCAAUGAAGAAUUGCUUCGCAUUAUUAAGAACGAUGGCAUCAACAUCUAUGUUAUCAAUCCGUUAUGGAUACUGGCGCCGUGGGCUGUAGAUGCAAACGCUGGUACCGAGAGGAUAAUAUAUAACACAUUAUCAUUGGUAGACUGUGACCAUAUCCUGCUAUAUGUAUCAACGAAAGAAAGUGAGAAUAAUGCCUUCGGCAUCUUUGCACAAUUGUCAAUGUGUAUGGAAUACGAUAAAUUUAGAUGCGCUAAACGUCCCAAAAUGGUGCGCAAUAUAGAAAUGCACCCAUUGAGUGAUAUAUACCUCCCAUCGUACCCAGGUGUAGCAUCAGCCAUACCAAUACCGCAGGAACUUUUAUCGGGAGAAACAUUGGCGUUUAUGGGACGAACGAGAUCUUUUAGCCUUUAUGAUCUAAUUGAUAGCAUAGAAUACCUUGGUGAAGAAAAUGCGCUCCUUGAAGAGGAAGAGAUCUUGGGACCUGACAUUCAUGUUCGCAAAAGCGCUCAUGAAUAUUAUCGAAUGCUAAAAUGUGCCGAGCUGCGAUGGAAAGGAUCAGAAUGAGGCAUUCAAAUGCUCAGCAAGAGCAAAUUGUAAGUUUGCCAAAUUCGAUAGAUUGUCUUGCAAGGCGAGGGCUGAUAAUUUCUCCAGUUUUGCCUGGCUUAUAAUACUGUCAGUCGUAGUCGCUUUCAGCAAAAAACGACCCAAUUCUGGAUCUAUAGUUGCAUCCUUAUUACCAGCGAU